AUGACGAGCUCAGAAUCAGAACAGGCGCAGACAUCACGGAAGCGCUCACGCAGGAGGGACAGCGUCGAUGACGGUGGUGCUGGAGGAAAGAAGGCUAGGGGCCGUCCACGGGUAGACACACAGGACGCCACGGCUGCAGAUGUGUACCAGAGACGAAGAACUCAAAUCCGGCUUGCGCAGCGUGCAUAUCGGCAGCGGAAGGAAACCACCAUCGCGUCGUUGAAGAGUCAAAGCACACAGCUUCACUCGAUCAUCGAGCAGAUGAACAAGGCCUUUCUAAAGCUAAACGAGUCCACCAUCAAGUCAGGUCUAUUACAGCUGAAUCCCAGUUUGGCCCAAGAGUUCAAGCUGGUAACGGAAACGUUCGCGAGCUUGACGAAGACAGCCAACGAGGGCCAGUACGAGGGAGACGAAGAUGGCGAACCCGGCGAACACGGGAUUGAAGGGAAUGGUGCACCAAAGCUAGCCGAACCGGAGCCUGAAGUGCAGCACAUUGGAUGGGGAUACUCCGCAGUUCCGAAACCAGCCGCUGAGAAGCGUCCGCAGCCACAGUUGUCAACACCGGAUAGCUACCUCGCCCACAUCAGUGCUGCAUAUGGCAAUGUAGACUCCCGCAGGAGCGAUCUGGUGGGUUGCCGUCAGUUUGGAGCUGGUUCGGUCUUCGACCACGACACCGCCAACGAACAGACUGCCCACGCCGCCUCUAUCGAAAAUAUCGUCGAAGACGCUCCCUCCGGUCACAACGUACAGUUUUCAAGAAACAACAUUUGCGAGACGAUUGUCGAGGGCGGCGCUUGA